AGAGAGGAGAGAGGAGAGAGGGAGGCAGCGGCGGCAGGCUCCUCUCACUCACACCUGACUGCUGCGCGGUCGCUCCGUGUCGAAGCGCGAACUCCGCAAACCACCCGCUCCAAGCACACCUGAGCGUUGUUCCCUUUUUUCCUUUCCCUUGCUUUCUUUUUUUCUUUUCUUUUCUUUCUUUCUUUCGUUCUUUCACGCCGAUAUCAAAGAUGGAAGAUGGGAGCUGAAUUGCGCUUUUACUGAGAGGGGCGCUAACUUUGCAUCUCAAGUCCGUUCCCCUGUUGGAUCUUCGACCUGUCAUCACCUUUCCCAGCGAGUGUGUGUGUCUGGGCACAGCGGCACUUCUGUCACUUUGUGCUUCCAGAGUCCCCUCAACAUCCACAAAAAAAAAAAAAAAAAAAAAAAAAAAACACACCCGGGGACCACAGGCCGUAAGAUUAGAGUGAAGAAUGGGGUCAUCUGUUGCCCCGCUGGCUGUGCUGCUUGUUCUGGGAUUGACCACUGGUGUAUGGAGUCUGAACCCGGAUGACCCCAAUGUCUGCAGCCACUGGGAGAGCUACGCCGUGACCGUCCAGGAGUCCUACGCUCACCCAUUUGACCAGAUCUAUUACACCAGGUGCACAGACAUCCUCAACUGGUUUAAAUGCACAAGGCACAGGAUCAGCUAUAAGACGGCUUACCGGCGGGGAGUAAGGACCAUGUAUAGGCGCCGCUCACAGUGUUGCCCUGGUUACUUUGAGAGUGGAGACUUGUGUGUUCCUCUCUGUACAGAGGAGUGCGUCCAUGGCCGCUGCGUGUCUCCUGAUACAUGCCAGUGUGAGCCCGGAUGGGGCGGACUGGACUGCUCCAGUGCAAACAAAGCCAAUGGAACAGGCUGUGACAGUGACUUCUGGGGACCUCAUUGCAGUAAUCGGUGUCAGUGCCAGAAUGGGGCCAAGUGCAACCCCAUCACAGGUGCCUGUGUCUGCACUGAUGGGUACCAGGGAUGGCGUUGUGAGGAGACCUGUGAGCGCGGUUACUAUGGCAAGGCAUGCCAACUACCCUGCCAGUGUCUCAAUGGUGCCACCUGCAACCCCGAGACUGGAGAGUGCAUCUGUGCCCCGGGGUACUCAGGGGCUUUCUGUGGAGAACGCUGCCCCUCCGGCAGUCACGGGCCCCACUGUGAGCAGCGUUGCCCCUGUCAGAAUGGAGGAACCUGCCACCACAUCACAGGAGAUUGUUCCUGCCCUUCCGGAUGGACGGGUUCAGUCUGUGCCCAGCCAUGCCCUCUUGGCAAGCAUGGCAUCAACUGCAGCAAGGAUUGUUCCUGUCGAAACGGCGGGCUGUGCGACCACGUCACGGGGCAGUGCCAGUGCACAGCUGGCUUCAGUGGACGCAGGUGUCAGGACGACUGUCCUGUGGGCAGCUUUGGUCCGCAGUGUAACCAGAGGUGUGAGUGUCAGAAUGGAGCCAAGUGUCACCAUAUCAAUGGAGCCUGCCUGUGUGAGACGGGCUUUAAAGGCCCUAAUUGCCAGGAGAGAUUCUGUCCCCCGGGCCUCUACGGCCUUAUCUGUGACAAGUACUGCCCUUGUAAUACCACCAACACCGUGAGCUGCCACCCGCUCUCUGGUGAAUGCACCUGCUCCGUGGGAUGGACAGGGCUUUACUGUAAUGAGACCUGCCCGCCUGGAUACUAUGGAGAGGGAUGCAUGCUGCUUUGCAGCUGCACCAAUGGAGCUGACUGCCAUCCUGUCUCAGGCGCCUGUAUAUGUGCCCCGGGGUUCACGGGUGAGGACUGUGCUACAGUGUGUCCUCCUGGUCUAUACGGGCCGGGCUGCAUGUCCACCUGCUCCUGCCAUAAUCACGCAUCCUGCUCUCCAGUCGACGGCUCCUGCAUCUGCAGGGAAGGCUGGCAGGGUGUGGAUUGCUCCAUCCUCUGCUCCAGCGGAACGUGGGGUCUGGGCUGUAAUCAGACGUGCUUAUGUGCCAACGGAGCCGCAUGUGACCCUGUAGACGGCAUCUGCACAUGUUCUCCUGGGUGGAGGGGAGAGCACUGCGAUGAGUCCUGCCCUGAUGGCACCUAUGGGUUGGAGUGUCGUGAGCGCUGUGACUGUAGCCAUGCUGAUGGCUGUGAUCCAGUGAGCGGCUACUGUCGCUGCUACCCCGGCUGGACGGGAAUCCACUGUGAUAAUGUGUGCCCACAAGGCUUCUGGGGACCCAACUGUUCAGUCAGCUGCUCCUGUCAGAACGGAGGAUCCUGCUCCCCAGAGGACGGCACAUGUGUGUGCGCACCUGGAUACCGAGGGACCUCCUGCAAAAGAAUCUGCUCUCCGGGCUUCUACGGGCACCGCUGCAGCCAGUCGUGUCCGCAGUGUGUGCACAGCACCGGGCCGUGUCAUCAUGUCACUGGCCACUGUGAGUGCCUGUCCGGCUUCUCUGGCUCUCUGUGCAACCAAGUCUGUCCAAGCGGCAGGUACGGGAGGGCCUGCGGUGAGAUCUGCCUCUGUACCAACAACGGCACAUGCAACCCCAUCGACGGCUCCUGCCAGUGCUUCCCUGGUUGGAUAGGAGAGGAUUGCUCUCAGGCCUGUCCCUCUGGGCACUGGGGCCCUGAUUGUCUCAACUCGUGUAACUGUCACAACGGAGCCCAGUGCAGUGCCUACGACGGGGAGUGCAGGUGCAGCCCCGGAUGGACCGGACUCUACUGCACACAGCGCUGUCCUUCAGGGUUCUACGGCAGGGACUGCUCCGAAGUCUGUCGCUGCCAAAACGGUGCAGACUGCGACCACAUCACCGGCCAGUGUGCCUGCCGAACGGGCUUCAUUGGGACGAGCUGUGAGCAGAAGUGUCCCGCCGGUACGUUUGGAUAUGGUUGCCAGCAGCUGUGUGAGUGCCUGAACAAUGCUACCUGUGACUAUGUGACUGGAACAUGCUACUGCAGCCCCGGAUAUAAAGGCAUCCGUUGCGAUCAAGCAGCUCUGAUGAUGGAGGAGCUCAACCCAUACACAAAGAUUAGUCCUGCACGGGGCUCAGAGCGCCAGUCGGCAGGGGCCGUCAUGGGCAUCAUCUUUCUCCUCCUCAUCAUCAUGGCCAUGCUCAGUCUGUUUGUGUGGUACAGACAGAGGCAGAGGGACAAAGGACACGAGAUCCAGCCCAGUGUGUCCUACUCACAGGCGAUGCACAUCACUAACACUGACUAUUCCCUGUCAGAGUGUGGCAGCACCGUAGCGAUGAGGACCAGUGCCGCUGAGGUCAAUCAGAUCCAGAGCGGCGGCAGCGGCAGCAGCGGCCAGUGCUUCUCUAACCCCAGUUACCACACUGUGGCUCAGUGUAACGUCGUCUCAACCAUUUCAAGCAACCUAGACGGCACUCUGACCCUCAAAUCAAGCACCCUGAAAAGCAGGAAUGGCUCAGAAUGGAGAGCCUACUGCAACCUCAAUGACAUAGAUGUUCAACAGGGGGAUGCACAGGCACAGAGAGGCUCCAGAAAAGAUUACAUCAAGAGCUCCAUGUGCAGCAACAGCUCCUGUUCCCUCAAUAGUGAGAAUCCAUACGCCACCAUUAGAGACCCUCCAGGGCUGGCUUGCAAGCACACAGAGAGCAGCUACGUGGAGAUGAAGUCCCCCUCCCACCGUGAAGUGCCCUUUGGAGGCACUGCCACCCUCCUGGGCAGCGCGAGCAGGAAUGUCUAUGAUGUUGAGCCGACGGUGAGCGUACUGCAAGGGCCAAAUGGAAUGGCCACCGGCUUCUCGCAGAGCCCCUAUGACCUUCCCCGCAGCAGCCACAUCCCCAGCCACUAUGAUAUACUUCCCAUGCGUCACAGCCCUACACAUACCCCACCGCCACCCCCAGAAAGCCCCAGCUCCCUUCUCUAGAGGACACCCCCUCCACCUGGCUCGGACAGCGUGCCGUUGAUCCAGGCAACGUUCGGCCAACUUUCAACCUACGGCCCUCCCUCUGUCUCCGUGUGUGUUCAAUUAGACACUGAGAUGUUGAGAUGGAGGGAUAGCCACAGCUCUCCUGGACCCUGUUCUCUUUGGCUCCCUUACUUGCACUCUUUCUUUGGCCCUGAAUUGAAGAGGAGGGGAGGAAAGAGUGUCCCACACACCAGCGACCAUUCACCCAUUUUAUUUUUCUUACAGAACUGAUCACUCAAACUGCUGCCCGGCCUCUUUAUGGACCUCCUGGAGUGGAACAUAAUGGUUCCAAACAGCGCACAGGGCAGCACACAGGGAUUGGGUGGACAGAUUAUUUACAGGGAGAGAGCUAUCCUUGCGCUCAUUUUUAGCCCAUGAUAUAGGUUUACUAUUCAAGGGCAGCCAAGUGUUUAUAAUGUCCCCUAAACAUCAAGUGAUUUUCUCCACAGGAGGAAAGAUAUGGCAACCUUGAUUAUCUUAAUGCAGGCAAAGAUUUAUUACGUAGAGACACCAGAGUUAAUGAAUUGUCACCGUGUGCAGCAGCUGUAGAUCACAGCACAGCUGACACGAGGUGAUAAUGAUCAUCUAGGUGAGGAAAAGUGAAACAGUCGAGAACUCUAUCUAAACGUUAAACUGGCCGAAAGUGAACCAAGUCUGAUCAAGCAUGGUUAAAUAGUAAAAUAUUGUAAUGGUCCUUUAUUCACUGUUAAUGAUCAGAGAGUUAACACUGAGGUGAUCACCUGUCUGUAAUUCAAGAGCUUCUUUUACGUUGCAGUGUAAACGAGGCCCAGUGUAUCCGGAGGUGCGUCAGGUCACCAGUGUUCAUGCAUUACUGAGAGGUACACGCACACAACGGGUCUCACGUUUUGGUUUUUGUCCCCACACUGACAAAGUGAUCAGAUCAUGUGUUGUUUUCUAUGUGAGAUCAUUGUUCUUGCAAAAUCGUCUUAGUUUACGUUUUUGAAAUAUUGGGUGUUAAGAGGGGAUUGCUUUGACCUUUUUCUGUUUUGUAUUUAUAAAGCUAAUUGCUUUAUUUAAUAAUUUAUAUUAGUGAUGGUGAAUUUUUAUCAAUGUGACACUAGGAUUUAAAAAAAAAAAAAGAUGAGCAUGAUCAGAUAAUGGAUACCCACCGAUGUAGAUAACACACAAUUUAUCUUCUUGUGAGAUGAUCAGUGUCAUUUUUUGAAGCGUUUUUUGAAGUUACUUAAAUUGUUCUCUCUCCCUCUCUCUCUCUCUCUCUGUCUCUCUCUCUGUCUCUCUCUCUCCCUCUCUCUCUCUCUGUCUCUCUCUCUCUCUCUCCUUUCUCUCUCUCUCUGUCUCUCUCUCUCUCUCACUGUCAGAUUGUAAAUUGAAAAUACGGUUUCAUCUGACCGAUUCAACACCCUCAAAAUAAACUGUGCAGUAUUUGCAAAAGGGAACCAUAUGUAAAAAGUCUAAUUCUAAAAAAAAUAUUUUAUGUUUGUAUCAGGCUAAUUAUCUUAUUUAUAUAUUGAACUGAAUUUAUUAAUUCACUAUGUGAAUUCCAUCUCACCCUCUGUAGAAGCAAUAACAUGUUGACAAUCGAUGCCCAGGCAGCAUCUCAUUAGUGCUGGACAUUACGCCAUCAUUGACCAGUGUGGUGACAGUGGAUCAUAUUUUAUGUGACUGUUUUUUCUUCUGAGGAAGGUUUUUCCAGUUGCUGUCAUAUCAAUGCUGCUUGUUGUUUUGGUACUUAAGUUUUAAAUUAAAAGCCUAUUCUGCCAUCA